AAUUUCGCGUAUAAAAGCGGGCGUUUCUGGUCGGUAAAUCAUAGUUUGAUUGAUUACCCCAAACCAACAAAACUAAGCACUCACCAUGAAGUACCUGAUCGCCUGUGUUACCCUGGCCCUGUUCGCCUACAUCAACGCCAGCCCAGCGUACGGCAACCGUGGAGGUUAUGGUGGCGGCUAUGGUGGUUACGGUGCUGUUCAGCGCGUCGUCUACGAGGAGGUGCCCGCCUACGGACCCGCCUAUGGACCCGCCUACGGACCCGCCCGUGGCUACAACAGCUAUCCCCGCACCCUGAAAUCGGAGGGUAAUGGAGGAAGUGCCUCUGCCGCCGCCGCCGCAGCCGCCGCUGCCGUGAAGCCCGGAACUUACGGCCAGUACGCUAUUCCCACCUAUGAGUUGGACGGUGCUCGCGGCUACGAGAUCGGAAACAGCUACGGACCUCGUGCCUACUAAUUCCUGGUCCCACGGCAGUGAAUUAAACUAUCGACUCCUUGCUCAAUUCCUCGAGUGGCUGUCAUGGCGAAACUCUGAGAAUCAGCGAAUAAAAGCAGCUUGAACGCAAUGGAAAAUACCGAACAGAAA